AUGUACAGAGAUCGAGGAGGGGGCUCAUCCAAGGGUGGAGAGAUGUUGGAUCGGAAGCGAAUCAACGACGCUUUGGACAAGCAUUUGGAGAGAUCUUCUCCUUCCACCUCCAGAAUCAAGGGCUCAGCCGCCGCCGCCGCCGCCGCCGCCGCGCCGUCCACCUCCAUCGGCGGCGGGAAGCAGAUUGAUGGCCGGAAGUCGUCAAACGUGCCCACCGACAAUAACAAGUACGCCGAUGAUGAAUCUGAAACAGAUAGUGAAGAGUCUGAUGUCAGUGGUUCUGAUGGGGAUGAUACAUCUUGGAUCUCGUGGUUUUGCAACUUGCGUGGAAAUGAAUUCUUCUGUGAAGUUGACGAUGAUUAUAUCCAAGAUGAUUUUAAUCUCUGUGGAUUGAGCAGUCAAGUUCCAUAUUACGAUUAUGCACUUGAUCUGAUUCUGGAUGUGGAAUCCUCUCAUGGUGAUAUGUUCACUGAGGAACAGAACGAAUUAGUUGAAUCUGCUGCAGAGAUGCUUUAUGGCCUUAUUCAUGUCCGGUACAUUUUGACAACCAAGGGACUGGCUGCAAUGUUAGAGAAGUACAAAAACUAUGAUUUCGGAAGAUGUCCGAGAGUUUACUGCUGUGGUCAGCCUUGCCUUCCCGUUGGGCAGUCAGACAUCCCGCGCUCAAGUACCGUGAAAAUAUACUGUCCGAAGUGUGAAGACAUUUACUAUCCUCGUUCCAAGUACCAAGGCAACAUUGAUGGGGCAUACUUUGGGACCACCUUUCCCCAUCUGUUCUUGAUGACUUAUGGACACCUCAAGACACAAAAACAUACUCACAGCUAUGUUCCUAGAGUUUUCGGCUUCAAGCUCCACAAACCUUGA